UAAAUUUUUACAAAAUUUAUAAAAAUGUUGAAGAUUAUAGUAAAUUAUUUUGUAGUUAAAAAUUCAUAAAAACUUCUCUUUUUGUAUCCAAUUUUUGAAAAUUCAAUAGGAGAUUCCUCAUUAAGCGGCUGAUACACCAGCAUUUAUUUUCUCUGUCUAUCUUUCACAUUAUAUAGGAACAAAGAUAUUCCGUAUUUCCACGAUUACGACUCUCUGGUUCAGUUUAGGACAAAAGCACCUAUUAUAUAUUUUAUAAAGAAGAGUAUUUCCGGAUAGAUUUUUAAUAUUUACAUUUUUUAUAAAUAUAAGCAUGUUUUAAUUUAAAAUAAUUCCGGUUAUUUUUAAUCAUUAAUAAUUUAUUCAAAAUUGUAAAUAUUAAAAAUGUAUACGGUCAAUGGAUAGAAAAUACUUUUCUUUGUAUAAAAUAUAUAUUAGGUGCUUUUUCCCUAAACUGAACCAGAGAGUCGUAAUCGUGGAAAUACGGAAUAUCUAGAUUUGUUUUCGGGGGGGAGCGGCUUAAACAUUUAUACUUACCUUUAUAGGAAAAUAGGAAAUAAUUUAAAAACAUAUAUAUACACAUACUAUUUAAAAUAAAAGAUUUCAGAGUGGGCUUAAGCCCAAAAGCUCCCCCCCUGGAUACGACACUAUAGUGACUAUGGUCUAUGACUCACGGAUUUAUUAAAUUUAAAUAUUUAUAAGUUAUAACCUCUUCAAACUUUAAGUCAAAAACUGAAAUUGCGCCUAUAGUUACAGCUGAAUAUUCCUUGGAUGUUAUAAAAAUCUAUAAAUAAUUAAAAAUAUGGGUCUAUGGGUCUGCUUGUACUGCUUACGAAUUAUUUUGUAAUUUUAGUUGGUAGCUCUAAUACUUCUAUUAAGUAAUAAUAUUUUGUAUUCAUUUAUCAUUUGCAAUUACUAGUUAUCUAAAUGCCCUAACAGCGUAUCUAUAUUAUAAAUUGUAUUAGAUAGGUAGAUACCGAAACUAACGAGGAUAGUUGCUAUAGUUUCAUAUUUGUUAGAUCUAUGAUUUUUCGCUUACUACAGUUAAAUCCAUAACUUUUUAUAGGUAGUUAAAAAUAAGUAAGUGUUAUUCUGUACAUCUAUAUUAUAAAGUAAUUUCCACAGACCACAGUAUCAUCAUGUCUACUUUAACAUAUACAUUUUAUCAUCUUUCUAACAAAGAACCAGUCGGACUGUGUAAUAAGAUUGUUCAAGGAUAUCUUCUGAAAUGGUCAAUGAAGGAAUGUUUACGCAUAAAUUAUUAUGCGUUCAAUCAAGAGUUUAAAUCGGACGACAUUAACCAGUUUGCAUUGGAUUUUUUUCGAGAUAAAAAUGUGGCAAAAAACUUGCAGUCAAGUUUCAACCAAUUUUCAGGAAGCAAUGUAACUAGAGUUCAGACCGAGUCCAUUCCUUGCACUGUUACUUCGAUGGCAUUCUUCGACAAGCUCUUGGACCCGAACAAAGGCAUCGUCUGCUGCAACGGCACCGGUGACAACGGUAAUCAUGCAAUACAUCAGUGUAUGGAAGUAUUCAAAAAUGGCAUAUACAUUUCAAAUAAACUAAAAAUGAUGCUGUUUGAAGAUGAAUGCGACGAAUAUUUUUUGUACAGCGAAGAUGAACGCGCAGAAUUCAUGUUUCGGCUGUUGCAGCAUUUCUCUAUCGGUGGUCAAUGGUGUCAAGACGACGUAGUUAUUGAACCGUACUUGGACGCAAUAAAAUACGUUUACAAAGAUUUACUGGCUGUCGAAAAAAUUCCCGGGUCUGGAAUACAAGUCUCGUCCAUGAUGUACCAAGUUGUCGCUUUCGAUUCUAAUGACACAGUUUUAUUUCCAAAAGAAAGCAAAAAUUCUAUACCGUAUAGUUUCGCAUAUUUAGUUGUAAAUCCUAAAUCUCGGACUGUUGCAUUAUUUUUUCAUAAUGUCGGCGACACAAUUUAUACUUGAUAAAAUAUUCUUUACUUAUUUGUUUUUAUUAUUGUUAAUUCAGUUUUGUUUUAUUUUAAAAUUUCACAUUAUGUGUGUGGUCCGUGAAUAAUUAAAUACAAAGAUUCACAUUUUUCUAAAAAUAAACUUAUUUGUAUGUCAAUAA